GUGUGUAUAAACUGUUUCAUCAUCGAGGCACAAGAGCUGUCACUCGAUGCUCUGGUUGAUUUAAGCUAGCACACACAUGAUAGACUUAAAAAUAAAUAGAUAUGUAAAAGGAAUAGAUAAGAACCAGAAACAUGUUGAUGAGAUGGUAACAGUGAAAAAACCAGCGGCAGCACUACCGCUUCUAUCACACCCACUGUCUUGUUUGUUGUCUGUAGCAUCAGCACCAGUAGCAGUUGCAAGCACAAUCUGUUUCAUUCUCUUAGCGGCAGGAGGCUGGAAAUGGUAGAUUUUCAACACAAAAAGAGAAACAACAGAUCCACGCUAAAUAACUGGUUGUGUUCUCAAAAAGCAGCUACCUGAAGAUACUCAAGACUACAUGAUGAUUCUCAAUGAAAACAAUUUUUUAUUUUGUUAUGCUACCAAACAUUUUCUCUGUAACUCUCUUCAGAGAAUACAUUAAGUAUAAUAUUUACCUAUGUUUUAAGCAUAGGGGUUUUUUGUCACUUGAUCUUUUUUUUUCUUCGAAGUGCUGGAGCCUCUUCGGCUUAACAUUUUCUUAAUUAUUCUUCAUUAAUUGUUUCUUUGAGAGUGUAUUUCCUUGAACUAUUUCAUUAUUAAUGAUAUAAUGAAAUUUUUAUACCAUAGUUCUUCCCGUAUAUUUUUAUAAUUCCAAAUUAUAUUUUUUGUAUUCUAUACACAAUGACAUAUAUUAGACAUCUAUAAAAAAAAAUUAAAACGAUGGAAAACUAAAAAAAAGCAACAAAAAAAAAACAAAAAACAAAACCUGUUUAUUUGAGUAAAUACUGGAUUAUAUUUUAUCCAUUUGAUUUGAAACAAAAUAUUUCUAUGCAAAAUUCAAAAUUUCAGUCAUUGUAGUUUGUUCAUAAAGGAUUUUAUUACUACAAUAUAAUUCAGAAUUAAAAGACAAUCAAAGAAAAUAAAUACAAAAAAGGGGAAAAAAUAAUAAAAGAGAAAUAUUUAAAAAAUGGCCUGGGAAACUUGAGGUCAUAAUUUUAGUGAGGCUUCCAUUACCAACUAAAACUGGAGUAUUUAUUUUUCUCAAUUUCAUUUUCAACUUGUAAAACCUACCAAACUACACCAUGAUUAAGAAUGUGUCCCAAGUUCCUUGCCUUGGAGUUUCCUCACCUGAAAUCUGCCGUGGAACUGGAUGCUAUUUUCAUAGGGAUCACCUGGAACAGCGAAUGUCACUCACUGAUGCCUUUGUUCAUAUUUUUGAUCGCUUAAUGAACAACCGUGCUGGACCUGGUCAAGCAUAUAUCCCCACAGAUGUCGAACACCUUGCAAACAUGGUUACACAUGGAUUGUGGAUUUUACCAAGCUUUGGAGGCCUUCUCUGGCUACUGUAUUGGUCUGUAAAUGAUCACCAGUUCCUUAGUGCCUGUGUGUUUGGGCUUGCAUUGUUUACAUUGUUUACUACUUCUACCAUCUACCAUGCACUAUCAUACUCAGGAAAACUAAAAACUCUAAAGAAUGUCUUUCAUAUUGGAGAUCGAGCUGCUAUUUACAUAUUCAUUGCUGCUUCUUACACUCCAUGGCUAUUAUUGAAAGAUAUGGAAAACUGGGGUGUUCAAGUACGAUGGUUAAUUUGGAUGUUAGCUAUGAUGGGUAUCUCCUACCAAUAUAUGUUCCACGAAAAAUAUAAAUGGUUGGAGACAUUGCUUUAUGUAAUCAUUGGAGUGGGUCCGUCUGUAACAGUAUUAGCAAUGAAAGAAACUUCUGGUUUGUAUGAAUUGACUCUUGGUGGAAUAACAUAUGCUACUGGUGUUGUAUUUUUCAAGUGUGAUGGAAUCAUACCAUUUGCCCAUGCCAUCUGGCAUUGUUUUGUAUUCGUUGGUGCCACCUUCCAUUUCUAUGCCAUCAGUACUUACUUGAUGGGUCAUGAUGUUCACAAGCAGAUGCCAAUUGUAACAGAUACCUUUUAACUUCGGUCUUUCCAUUAUAUUUAUCAUGAUUCUAUGAAAUUAGCAACCAAAAUGCAUUUUGACAUUUUUUCCAAAAACAAUUACCUCUACAUUUUUCAAUUAUUUUUUUUUUGCAUCUUUUUUAAUUUGCAGCACUUUCUUCUGUUGAUGUUGUUACUGUUGUUAUUGAUAAUAUUGUUGACAAUUUUGAAUUCUACACACUCUUUUUCAAUUUACUUUCCUUCCACUUUCUAUUUUUAUUGUUAUUAUUAUAAUUAUUAUUAUUAUUAUUAUUAUUAAGUCAGUAGAUUGGCAGAAUCAUCAGUAGAUCGUCAGAAAAUACCCUGUGGUAUUUACUUCUGAUUUUUUACAUUCUGAGUUUAAAUCCUACUAAGGUCAGAUUUGCUUUUCAUCCUUCUGGGAUUGAAAAAUAUCAGUCAAAUACUGGGAUCAAUAUAAAUCGACUUUCCCUCCCGUCUCAAAUUUCUGGCCUUGUGCCUAUUUAAGAAGCAAUUACGAUUAUUUUAUUAUUAUAAAUUAUGCUAGGUAGCAAAUUCAUCAUGUUUGACAAAAUGCCUUGUCAUAUUCAGUUGCAUCUCUUUACACUCUUUGUUUAAAACCUGUCAGGGUUGAUUGUAACUUUCAUCCUUCCAGGGUGGGUGGAGUGUCAAUAACAUAAGUUUCAAUUAUAUAUUGGAGUUAAAUAAAUUACAUUUCUAUCUUUCUCAAUCUAUUAUGGAAAUGUUAAAAAUUAUUAUUGUGACAAAUAAAGUAGUGGAUGGCAGAAAUAGUAGGGCACCAGACAAAAUGCUUCCAUUUAUGUUUUGAGUUGAAAUCACAUUUUUCACUUAUCUGAAAAACAGUAAAAAGUAUCAGAAGUAUCAUCAGUAACAUGUUAGUAUCAGUUUAAUCAAUCAUACUCUUAACUGAAUUUUUUUAGGUUUGUGCUUAUGUUAGGAAUUAUUAUUUUUGUUUCAUUUCCCCUUGCAUAACAGUAAAUUUUUAAUUUGGUCUCAGUUUCAAGCUAGAAAUGUUUUGCUUAUAUUCUUAAGCAUAAAGAUCACAAGAGUUUCUUGCCAAGGAACCCAGUCUGUUUUUUUGUUUUUUUUAUGAUGGAAAGCCAGUCACAUUUGUUUUUACUUGUUGCCAUAUUAAUCUAUGGUCUAUAUUCUAUAGCUACAUUGCUGAAUUUUCCCCUGAUUGUUAGAUAUGAAAUAGUUAU